UUCUGGCCGUUCUGUCUCUAUGGGCAUACUGCCACCAGUCACAACUAACGCGAGUAGAUAGGAGGGAGAGUUGCACUCAACGAAAUUAGUAUUCCUUGCUACUAGAAGCUAAGAACUUGUGUCCUCCUCUGUUUCGCAAUACCGGAUAAACUGUCGUUUUUUCAGUUUCAAUUUUUUCUCGAUUUAACUCACCGCUCGUUUAGACUUCCUUAGUUUUGUUAGAUCUUCGGCAGAUCAACUGUAGUUAUAGUACAUUUUUGAGAAUUCCACGGGGAUAGUUGAUCCCAGUGAAAUUACGGAAAACAUUGGUUGAGUUUCACAAAGAACUCUCACCGAUUCCUUUGAAUCUGAAUUAUGGCAUUUACACCUGUCAUUGAAGAAUCAGUUGGAAUGGAUUCACCACAUCACCAGCACGGCGAAGUUCUUUUAUCCCUUCUUGCUCGCCAUAAAAGUUUAGAAGCUACAAUUCCAAGAUGUGCUGGCUGCAGUGGGUUUAUUCUUGAUCGUUUCAUCCUCAAAGUGCUCGAUCGUCCUUGGCAUACGGAAUGUUUAAAGUGCAUGGAUUGCGGCACCCACCUCGUUGACAAAUGUUUCGUCAGAGGCGGAAGCACCUACUGCAAGGAAGACUUCUUCAGGAGAUUCGGUACCAAAUGUGCGUGUUGCGAUCAAGGAAUCGCUCCGUCGCAAAUUGUGCGACGAGCGCAACAUCACGUCUACCAUUUGGAAUGCUUUCAAUGCGUUCUCUGUGGCCGUCAGCUGGACACGGGCGACGAAUUUUAUCUGAUGGAAGAUCGCAAACUUGUCUGCAAAGCCGAUUACGAAUCCGCCAAAACCAAAGAAGGAGAAAACCCGCCCAAGCGACCGAGGACAACCAUCACAGCCAAACAACUCGAGACCCUCAAAUCGGCUUACAACGCCAGUCCUAAACCUGCGCGUCACGUACGUGAGCAACUCAGCCAGGAUACAGGUCUCGAUAUGAGGGUCGUCCAAGUUUGGUUUCAAAACAGGCGUGCUAAAGAGAAACGAUUAAAAAAAGAUGCCGGCAGAGCUCGAUGGGGUCAAUACUUCCGCAACGGAGGCUCGAACGGGGGUACACUCGGAGUCAACAAAGACGGCAGCAGGGCGUCCAAGAUCGAAGAUUUGAAAGACGAUCUCAUCAUUGGUUUUUCUUCAGGUCGCCACGGUGGAUUAGGUUCGCACAAUGGCAACCCUUUAACGCCCAUGACGGGUGCGUCAAUGUCUGACAUGGGCGGUAUGGGUCCAUUAGCUCCGGCCAGCGCAUCCAGCGACAUCAGCAACAUGAGCAGCAACAGCAGCGAGCGGAGUAGCAGCAGUAGCAACGGACACUACCCCGACUUCCCACCGUCUCCCGAUUCGUGGCUCGGCGACGUCACCGAUGCCGCCAGCUCUGGACAACCUUUUUGAAUUUGCAUGCGGUUUUUAGGUGCGUCGAUUAUUUUUUAACCGGUCUGAUUUUUUAAAAAAAUAGUUCGCAUACCUUGAACAUGCCCUGAAAAAUCAACGAUAAUUUGUUGUUUGAGGAAAUUGAGAGCAGUUUUUAAUGUGAAACUAAAUGGUUAGUUUUUUCUCCCGUCACUUUUCUUCUAAAAGAAAAUUCACCAACCAAAAGUAAAUGAUCUCAAUGGUUUCCUGUUUUGUUGUGACUGAUAUAUUUGUGUUACUAUAAUUAUUCUGUGCACUUUUUUUUGUACUAUUUGAUCGUGAGACCAGUCGAAUGAUAUAAGACGCUACAAUUCUUUACUGUUCGAUCAACUGCCGCCGUUGGGCCCAAUUAUCUCCUGCAGAAACCGAAAAAGAAAAA